CUCUCACAUUUCACGCCCCUCACCACUCUUUCUCUCGCACUCUCAGAAUUUCACGCCCCUCACAUCUCAUUAGGUCUAGCCGUCAAGCGUGUGGGAGCAGUCCACCACCCCGCCACGCCACGCCAUCACCGCUGCGCGCCCGCGCGCCUCUCAAUCUCUGUAUCUCACGAGCCAGCGUUGGGACUUGGGAAUCUGCACGACUGCACAGACUAGUCAAGUCUCAAGGAGUCAAGGGGAACAUUGAUGCAGCUGGAGUUGAUGCAGUGUGACUAGGAGCUCACGAGUUCAAGUAAUGAAAUUAGUCUCUUGCAAAUACAAGGAAUGGGUAUCAGUAAAACAGAAGUAAAUUUGAAGAGGUUGCUUGCGGCUGCUCCUCAGCAGCAAAACCAGGCAAAACUUGUACAUUAUGUUGCUACGUUGCGUGAACAGUUGGAACAAUUGGCUGAAGAGAAGACACCAGAAGGCUUACCAAGGAUUUCAAAGGCUAUUUUGAAUGAUUAUUCAGAGAAGAUUGAAGCCAUUGCUUGCAAGUUGGUUAACAGUGAGCCUGACAUACAAGUACCUGAGGAAUCAGAAAGAAAUCUUGUUAAAGAAAACCCUUCUGACAUUGAGUUAAAAAGGCAGAUUUCCCUGUCUGGAUUGAGAAGAAGGCCUGUACCUGCUUCAAGUACUGAAGAUAGAGCACAUGAGCCUGCUGAGACUGAUCACCUAUCACCCGUUAAGCUGGAUACUGCUGCACAUGCCCACAUUGACAAGCACAGAAAGCUUCAAGAGGAUUUGACUGAUGAGAUGGUGGUGUUGGCAAAACAACUCAAAGAGAGCAGUCUCAUGAUGAGCCAGUCUGUACAAAAUACUGAAAAGAUUCUUGAUUCUACGGAGAAGGCCAUCGAGCAUAGCUUGGCAAGCACAGGUCGUGCCAAUGUGCGAGCAACGGCAAUAUACUCAGAGAGUUCCAAGACUUCUUGCUUAACUUGGCUUGUGAUGUUUGUGAUGACUUGUGUAUUUGUCAUGGUUAUUCUGCUAAUCCGUGUCACAUAGAGUGCAGUUCACAUUUCCGGGGGUACAAAAUUACUUAGGUUUCUUUUUUUAAUUUAUUUCAAGGAACUUUCCAAUAGGAUCCUCUUAUAUAUGGCUAUUGCACAAUUCAACAACUUAAUGGCCUAUUGUUUAAAACAUACUUAACCCAAAUGUGAAUUAUGAAAACUUAAUGGCAUAUUACUGACAAAUAAGUGUCUC